AUGUCUCGCACAACAGACCCUGCUGGACACUGGAAGGAUCUGGAGACCUGGCUAAGUGUUGUAACAGACAGCCUCCUACCUAAGGCCGCUGAAACACUAAAGCAUCAGACACAGGACCAGCUGGAUGACAACAUAGCAAGCCUCAUGAAACAGGACCCAAGCCAGAGCUACAGUCACAAAGAACUAGCCAAGAUCACCAGCUCCUUAAGCCACACACUCAUCGCCACCCUCAAACUGAGCGACAGGCAAGCCGCCCAUCGCCAGCAGGAGCUGACACAUGCACAACGGCGCAUCGAACAGCUGGAGCUGGAGGCUCAGGAACGACGAGAAGGGCCUGAUGAAGUGGAACAAGGCGCCAAAGAGGAGAUCAACAGGCUAAAAGAGACCCUAGCAGCUACUACGCAAGAAAUGGAACGAGGCAGAGCAGACUACGCUGACCUCUCCGACAAGCUACAAUACGCAGAACAGCUACUGGAAAAAGCAAAGGCUGACUUCAGAGACAAGAACAGCCGAAUUAAAGCUCUCGAAACUCACCUGAAUGAGUCAAGAAAUGAGGUCAGCCGCCUAAAACAACAGCUUGACUACAUCAAAGAAGAGUCUGACAGUAUUAAAGAGGAACUCAAGCAUGCAUAUGAAUUGCGCUGUGAGCCGUCAAGAACACGUCGGACACCGACUUCACCUUUGCCAAGCAGGACCGGCUCCCCUGUUCCUGGACUGGCACAUGAUCAAAAGGGGGCAGUGCCAAAACAGUCACCUGUUCCCUCCGAAGAAUCCUACCUCCCCACUAAGCUAAAAGAACGUGCUCCAGCCAGCCACAGAUCAUCUCAUGGCUUGGACCUCAGAGACCUUGACAAGCUUGCUAGAAACAUUGGCAAAUUCACUCCAAAUGUGCCAGGUAGUCCAAAUGUUCAGAGUUAUCUGCAAGAUAUUGACUUCCAUCUGGAAAUGAGACCCAAUGUCACUGACAAAGAUAGACUUUAUUUGCUCAGAGCCACAUCCAGCUCUGAAGUGCGCAGCUUCCUGGACCGGCAGCCUGCCCACACAAAGACUGAUUACCACCUGCUCCGAGAAGCUCUCAUCAAAGAGUUUGCCGACCCUGAGUCAGAACGAGGACUAGUGGCUGCCCUGGAAACAAAACAAGGUCGUCACGAAACUCCUCAAGUCUUCUAUAGCCGACUAAGGCUAGCAUACUUCGGGUCUCGCAACGAACAGAGCAUGGAGGAGGAAUUGAACUUCAAAACUCUCUUCCUGAGAAACCUCCAUCCUGGGGUGAGCCACCAUCUUGGCGUCCUUGCCUGUCCACGCACAAUGAGUGCUCAACAGUUAAGAGACUUGGCGCACAAAGCCUACUGUAAACAGAAGAUGGCCUUAGAAAAGGGCACCAAAACCACCACAGUUCUUGACUUCAACACACAGAGUCAAGGGCUGGCCCUAGAGGGCACCCAGCGUCAAGACCUUGCCAAGCCGACACCCAAAGAGUGGAAUGCAUCUUCGUCCAACAGAGAGUGGGACUCCCACACUGGUACUCGACCUAAACAGAGAGACAACCGCUGGGAUGGACCACGUGGACGACAACGCUCACCUGGACGUCACUGGGAAAAUUCAUGGAACCAAUCAAGACCUCGUGAGAGUCAUUGGGAGAAAACCUGGAAUCACCCAAGCUCAUUUGGAAACACCAGAGGAAAAGGCUCAUGGGAAUCCAAGGGAGAACGACAAACACACCCUGGAGCAACCAGCCCAAGGAAUCGACGAAAAAACUCACAAAGAUUCCAAGCUGACAGAGCUCAAAAUGAAUCCAUACCAGAACAAAAGACUUCAUCUUGUUUCGACUCUCAAGAGCUGAUGAAAAUGAUGAUGAAGGAGUUCUUCCAACGAAAGGAGGAUGACCGGAAGUGGGAAGAGAAAGCGAAACCAGAUUCAUUCUGACU